CCGGUGGAUUAUAUUGUUAUCCAUUAUACCAUUAUUAUGGUAAUAUUAUUAGUAAUACCUGAGUCAUACCAGAGCAUUGUGGUAGAGUAUAAAAGGGUACAUGUUUUAAUUCACCUCUGACCUUACUUUUCCAUCCUCAUCUAGGAUCAUGAGGUCUGGAUAAUGAGAUUUCAGAGACAAUCAGCCAAAGGAGGUUUCUCCUUAGAAAGAGUAGAGCCGCUGAUCUUCUGUUUUCAGGGAAUGCCCAAGUCUGGGCAGGAAAAGUUAUGUAUUUUUCCAGCUUGGGAAGACUUUGGGACCUGCUAGGAGGAGGUGGACAAUGCUGCUAGACUAAAUGUAUCCCUCACAUAUCCUGUUGCCACAUUGACCAAACAUUUUCCUCUGCUGUAGAUAAACAUGAUAUACAGUGCUGUGAAAAAGUAUUUGCUCCUUUCAUGGAUUCUUUUUUGUUGUAUAUUUCUUACACUUAUAUUUCAGAUCAACAAACACAUUUUAGUAUCAGAAAAAAGAUAACCUGAAUAAAUACAAAAUACAGUUUUUAAGUUUGAAGUUUUUAUUUUAUUACAAACCAGGUCCUGUGUGGAAACUGAAUUGCAGUUUCUCCUGCGCUGGCUGGCAGGGUUAUUAUGUUUAGGGGAAGAUUUUUAAUAUUGUUUUUCUCCUUCAACCAUGUUAUGAGCAUUGAAGUUGCAGACUGUGUCCACAAGAGGACACUCUGCAGCUGUCCUGUUGGUAACACAUGGAACAGCUGAUCUGAGCAGGGUGAAGUGUAAAACAAGUAAAUAAAUAACUACAAAUAAAUGUUAGGGUAAUCGGGUCAUGUUUUAUACAUCUGAAAGAAAAGAGUACAGGAAAUUCACUGGAAUGUCAGAGAUUUAAAAUCUCCAAAUAUCAGUAUUGGUGUUAAAAAAUAAUAUAUUGAUCUGACUUUCGUUUAAAAAAAAAAAAGGUUACAGAACCUAUAACAUCUAUAUAAAGACAAACUAUAUGAAAACUUUUUAAUUUAAAUCGAAAGCGUUUUUAGCACUGGGUAGUGGACAGACAGUAUUAUUCUGAAGCUGUAGCUCACUGUAAACACAAAGGCUUAAAAUGAUUAAAUCGAUUACAUAAUAGACAUGCAAAAUCUAUUUGUCAGAGUAUGGUAGUUUUAUCACAUAUUUGUUCUAUGUUUACUUAAGAUACCACGUGGGCAUGUGAACAUAAGUUUGGCACAAAUGGAUAUUUAGAAAUGAAAGUCUGAGAUAAGAAUUGUACAUUUACAGUCAGGCCCAUCAUUUUAUGAGACAAUUAAAUGACAAAACUGAAACAGAACUAACUAUAUGAUUAACCAAAAAAACAUGCUGAUAUUCUGCUAAGAUCACAAAACCCAGAUUUUAUAAAUCAUUUCUCUGGAUUUUGCUCACUUUCCUUUGUACAUUAUAGGUUAAAAUGUCAAAAGCUGUUUUCUGAACUGUAGAAAUUGCAGACAAACUAAAAUUUGAACCUUUUCCACUGUUUUUGUUAUUAUUAUAUUUAAAAUAUUGUGUUUGUGCAUACAUUCUGUACACCAAUCAAACUUAUGAUAUUUAUAACAAAAAAUUCUGAAUAGUGUUCAACAAACUGAAAAAUAUCACUGUCAGCUAGUAAAUAAGUAUUGAUUUCAGCAUUGUUGGCUCACUGUCAUUAUUCUGUUGUUUUAUAUGAAAAACAAAGUCUUUAAAUGUUAAUCUUUCAUUCUUUAUAUUUAGUGUACAAGACUGGAAUAAAGAAAUGAAGGGAAAAAAUUGUAGACGAGCCGAGGAGAGGGACCUGUUUAAAACAUACAUGGAAUGCCAAAAGUAACCGAACACACAAAUCCAGGAUAAAUCUUCCUGUUUAAUAUUUAACCUCUUUGGUUGCUUUGGCAACGCGAUUGUAGUUUCAUAGUCAAGAUUAUUCAUCAAACGGUGUAGAUCACUUCUGACACAUUUCUCUAAAUUCAAUGUCUCCUACUUCCAACCAGCAGUGAAAUCAUCAAUACUUACCUGACUGACCAAGCCAUGACAGAUACAAGUAUGCUCAAAGUUUGCAUAUCUUGGCAGAAUUAGUGUCUUGUGGAGUGGUUGAGUGAAGCCAUUUAUUAUCAAGAAAUUGUGUUUGACCUGUUAGUAUCAUAAUGAUAGCAGGAUUUCAGUGCUCAUAUUUAUUUAUGAAUAAUUAUUCAUAAAUAAAUAUUCAUAUUUUUUAUCCAAAGUAGUCACUUUGUAAUACAGUUACUCACUACAAAAGGAUUGUUGUUUCAAUUCUUGUACUUACCCUGGACUGUGGCCUUCAGGUGGAAAUUGAUAGUGUAACCUUGGCAUAUAAAAAUUAAAAAGUAUUUUACCCAACAACUUUUUUUAGUUACUAAACUUGAAUCUAUUUAAUUGGACAGAAACCAAAAUUUUGCUGAGGACUUUUUACAUGAGAGCCACUAAGUCCCCCUGAGGCAACUCCUUCGAUGGAGCAAAGAUCUGUCUUCUUUGAAUGCUGAGGUUGCUCUCUCUUUACUUUCUUUAAUAUUUCUUAAAAAUAAUAAUAUUUGUGUCUUGGAUUUUGUUAUUGUGUUAUUAGUGAAUGAAUGUUAUAAGUUUAAUAAAUAGUCAAUCAUAAAUAAUCAAAAAAUAAAGAAAUCAAGCUGGUCAUUUGCUGAAUCACAUGAUAUUUUCAAACCAGCCAGAACCUCACAACAGAGAAUUUGAGUCCACAAUGAGCUCAGCACAUUGCUCUUGUUGACUUUAUAAACAUGGAUUCCUUUCAAGUCAAGUGAAAGGAGGUAGAAGCAAAAAGAUUGUAUCCUGGUGGACAAAGGAAUGUGAUGAAGUGCUGAAAUAAAGCUUUUAAAAUGUUAAAAAGAAAUCAGAAUUAUCAGAAUCCUGUUGAAUAUAAAAAGUCACAAGCUAAUGUAAGAAAAACCAUUAAAAUGCAACGAGGGACAGUUGGAGGGGCUUUUGUAAUUUUGUGGGGAGAGAGACAGAAAUUGAUAAGGUAUGGUCAAUGAUCAGAAAGAUGAAUACAAUUAUAAGAGAAUAUGGGCAUCCAGUAUUAAAUGAUGGGGAAGUUACAGCAGUAAAAAAUGAAGAAGAGGCAGAUAUGAUGGCAAAAACCUUUGGUAAAAUUCAUAACUCAAUUAAUAUUAGGGAAGAAGGUCAAAGGGAAAGAGAAAUUACAACUGCAGAAAAUAGGGGGUACUGCAGCAAGUAGACGACACAAUUUAUUGAAUAUGCCCUUUACAAAGACAGAAUUGAACAGAAUUUCAAAGACAGAAUUAGGACAUCCAACCCUUCAGCACCAGGGAAAGAUCAGGUUUAGUGCACUGCCAGAAAUGUGACGCUGAAAGAAGAAAACUGAUUCAAAAGCUCGGUUAUAUGAAAGUGAAACUGGAUUUGUUAGAUUUACUUUGCAAGAACUCGAAGAGUGAAAGUUAUCAGGUCAUAUUUUGUUUUUUAAGACAGACUAAUUUGUUUGGAAGGAUUUGAUUUUUUUGUAGGUUUUUUAAUAUUUCAGGGCACACUCUACACCAGUUAGUGGCGGUAAUUCACCAUUUUGCUGUUUGUCAACCGCCAAUAAAUGAUAAAGAAGAAGAAGAAAAAAGAAGGACGCGUCACAUGAUUGCUCGAGCACUUCGCCUGUCUGUUGACACUGACAGCUCAUCAUUUUUGUUGAACCCUUUAAAGAAAUCUGCUACAUGGCUAGUUGCUUUCCGAGUGUGUCCGAGCUUGUUUCGGAGGCCCGGCGACUGUACGGACAGAUGUUCGGUGAGGAGCCUGCUCGAGUGGCGGUGUGCGCGCCUGGAAGAGUGAACCUAAUAGGAGAGCACACCGACUACAACCAGGGACUCGUGCUUCCAAUGGCGCUUCCUUUAGUGACUGUGGUGGUGGGUAGUGAAAUAUCCGGCCAGGAUGUUACCGUGGUAACCGCAGCCUUCGACGCUGACGAGCCUCACCGAUUGGACUUCUGCCUGUCUAGUGAUGGAUCUGCACUGUCUCCAGGGUUACCCCGCUGGGCCAACUAUGUAAAGGGUGUUAUACACCAUUACAGGGCUUCGCCAGUCCCAGGUUUCAGGGCAGUGAUAGCCACCAGUGUCCCCCUGGGUGGAGGACUGUCCAGCUCUGCCUCUCUAGAGGUGGCCUUUUACACCUUCCUGCAGCAACUCAAGCCAGAUGAUGGAAACCAGGUGUCCAAAGCAUUAGCCUGUCAGCAGGCUGAACACACUCAUGCUGAUGUACCCUGUGGCAUUAUGGAUCAGUUUGUAUCUGUUCUUGGCAAGGAGGGCCAUGCAUUGCUCAUUGACUGCAGAUCGCUCGAGGCCACCCCUGUUCCUCUGACAGAUUCAGGCCUGGUCAUUCUCAUCACCAACUCCAAUGUAAGGCACUCUCUGAGUUGCAGUGAGUAUCCCAUAAGACGCAGGCAAUGUGAGACGGCUGCCUCCAUUCUGGGGAAGGACAGUCUGAGGGAUGCUACGAUGAAGGACCUAGAGGAGGCCAGGGGAAGGAUGGAUGAUGUUACCUACAGAAGAGCUCGCCAUGUAAUUGAGGAGAUUCAAAGAACUGUCCAAGCUGCUAAGUCUCUAGAAAGAGGAGAGUACAAGGAGUUUGGCAAACAUAUGGUUGAGAGCCACAACAGUCUGAGAGAUCUGUACGAGGUGAGCUGCAGGGAGCUAGAUGAGCUGGUGUCUGCAGCCAUGGAAGUGGAGGGCGUCUUUGGCAGCCGGAUGACAGGAGGAGGAUUCGGUGGAUGCACUGUGACUUUGCUACUCGCUGAGGCCAUUGACAGGACCAUACACCACAUACAGGAGAAAUACAGUGGGACUGCGACUUUCUAUGUCACAACUCCUGCACAGGGUGCGCAAGUUCUCACUUUGUCCUGACCUUUGUCAACAUCUCUGCAUUCCUUUAAUUAGAUUUUCUUUCUUUAAUUUCAUUAAGUGGUGUACUGCAAUACACACUAAUGUUGACUGAAAAGAGUUGGGCAAGUGCCUUUAUUGUUGAAAGAUGUUUAUAAAAAAAACUUUGCUUAAGAUAACUUGUAGCAACUGCUUAAUAUUUUUGAUAUGGAAAUCCAGCUGAGUUUAUUUACGAUUUAUGAUUUUAUAUUGAUCCCACAUCUCUAUUAAUAAACCAUGUUUCUAAAAUGUGAAUGU